AUAUAUAUAUUUAAUACUUUCGCUUUCCCCCCAAAAUCCCUUCUCGAAUUCCCGAAGCCGGCCCUCCUUUUCCCCGUUCAGCAUUCGUCCAUUCCCAAAUCCCCAAAUCAUCUCUGCCCUGUGUCUCCGCCUCUCAAUCUCAUAAUACCGCUGAAAUAGCCCUCAAAUGCCAUUGUCUCCAUCACCAGUCGACAGUCGCCGACCACAAAUCAUCACUUCUUGAUCUUGCGUGGUUCGAUUUUGUUUCAGGGUUAAUGGAAUAUCGAUGUGUCCAAUGCGGGUUUCAGGUCAAAACCCUGUUUGUUCAAUACUCACCAGGAAACAUUCGAUUGAUGAAAUGUGAGAAAUGUAAAGCAGUUGCCGACGAGUAUAUCGAAUGUGAGCUCAUGAUUGUUUUGAUUGAUUUAAUCUUGCACAAGCCAAAAGCAUAUAGGCAUCUACUUUACAAUGUACUCAACCAACAAAGUACCCAUUUUCAGGGUCUAUUGUGGAAGCUAUUAUUUGGUUUUCUUGUUCUGGAUGCUUAUAGAAGUUUGCUUGUCAGACAUGAUGAAGAAUGGGGCAUGUCCAUGAGCAUUUCUUCAUAUUUUUGGAUAUAUCGAAAGAUAUUGGUGGACGUAUUUCUUGGAAACUUUAUGUUUCUAUGUUGUUUUCUUCUUGCAAUCAGGAAACUUCUGAAGACAUCAGCUCAAUUCUUUAGGCUCGGCAAACUUUGGCUUGCAGUUCUAAUUUCAAGCUACUUCAAGAUUUUACUUGUUGCUAUGAUGGUCUGGGAAUUUCCACCUUCAGUGAUUUACAUCAUUGAUUUAUUAGUUUUAUCAUCUAAUACAGUGGCACUAAAAGUGAUAACCGAGUCAGAUAUGAAUCCAUGUGUAGGGGCCUGCUUCAUUGCGCAUGCUGUAAAAUUUUGUACAACUCAGGCUUUUUAGUUAAGAUCAUUGAGAUAUUCUAUCAUUUGUUUUUUGUUUGAAUAUCCGUACUGUAUUCAAACUAAAAAUAAUUCUUUUAUUCUUCCCUUUCUCCUGUAAUUUUGUAUUCUUUCAUUAACUGUAAAGGCACUAUGUGGUCGAUGAAUGAAUGUAAACAUCACAAGUGUUCAAUAUCUUGGGCUCGAA